AUGGUUACUGCAACUGUCUCCACUCACACCGUCCCACUCAACACCGGAGCCUCGAUCCCACUCGUGGCUCUCGGUACCUGGCAAGCCAACGAUGAGGAUACUUACAAUGCUGUUUUGACUGCCAUCAAGGCUGGAUACAGACACAUUGAUACCGCGCAUGUCUACAAGAAUGAGGCCGCCGUUGGGCGUGCUGUUAGAGACUGCGGCGUGCCAAGAGGUGAACUUUUCGUCACCACCAAGCUAUGGUGCACCAACCACCGGAUCGCCGGGGAAGCUUUGAAGGGCUCAAUUGAGAGGCUCGGCCUCGAAUAUGUGGAUCUUUAUCUUAUGCAUUGGCCUGUUCCUAUGCUGAAGGAUCCUGCUGAUCCCGAUACCUUUUUCGUUAUGAAGCCAGAUGGGUCUGUCAACAACGACCCGGACUGGGAUUUCAUCAAGACUUGGGAAUUGCUCCAGGAACUUCCUGCAACCGGAUUGACCAAGGCAGUUGGAGUAUCCAACUUCUCCAUCACGAAUCUGACCAAGUUGCUGGAAGCACCUACUACCAAGGUGGUCCCUGCGGCCAACCAGGUGGAGUUGCACCCUCUGUUGCCCCAGACUAGGUUGGUGGAAUUUUGCCAAUCAAAGGGAAUUGUAGUGGAGGCGUACUCUCCACUAGGAUCUUCCGGUUCGCCAUUACUCAAGAACGAAUCGUUGUUGAAGAUUGCUGGUGAGUUGGGUAUUCCACCUGCUACUUUGGCUAUUUCUUGGGCUGUGUGGAGGAAGACUGUUGUCUUGCCUAAAUCGGUUUCUGCUAGUAGAAUCGAGAGUAACAUCAAGGUCGUCGAGCUUACCGAUGCUCAGGGAGAAGCUAUCACUGCUAUUGGAGCUGAGCGUCCAGUUAGACAUGUUGCGGCUGAUCGGGACUGGGGUGUGCCUGUAUUCAAUGACGAGGAUGACUUGUCUAUGAAGCGUAAAUGA